UGCAACCAUUUAGAUUAAACUACAUUGCUAAACUUGAACAAGACAAGAACAUUUUCACUCCUGGAUACCAAAAAGCCUCGGUUCUUUUGAAAAGGUAUUAUUGAGGACGACAUGGGCACCGAGGGAAAGGUGAUCCGGUGUAGAGCGGCCGUGGCCUGGGAGGCGGGACAAGCAUUGGUCGUGGAGGAGGUGGAGGUAGCGCCACCCAAAGCUCACGAAGUCCGCGUCAAGAUAGCGGCGAGCGGGGUGUGCCACACAGACUGGGCGUACCUGCAUGGGGCGGGCAGGGGCAUGGAGCUGCGCCCCUUUCCCUUGGUACUGGGGCACGAGGGCGCCGGGGUGGUUGAGAGUGUCGGGGCCGGCGUCACCAAGUUCUCCCCAGGUGACAAAGUCAUCCCUCUCUUCCUGCCUCAGUGUGGGGAGUGUGAGUGCUGUCUCAGUGCCAAGACCAAUCUGUGCAAAGCCAACUGGAGUAAGACUCAGCAGGGGGUUCUGGCUGAUGGCACGAGUCGUAUCACCUGUAGGGGGCAGCAGGUCUUCCAGUUCCUUGGCGUCAGCUCCUUCUCUGAGUACACCGUUGCCUUGGAAACAAACUUGACCAAGAUCCACCCUGAUGCCCCGCUUGAGCGAGUGUGCCUGCUGGGGUGCGGUGUUGCCACUGGAUACGGAGCCGCUGUCAACGUUGCCAAGGUGGAACCAGGCUCUGUGUGUGUGGUGUUUGGGCUGGGGGCAGUAGGCCUGGCUGCGGUGAUGGGGUGUGUGAGUGCCGGGGCAGCUCGGGUCAUCGGUGUGGACGUCAACCCAGACAAGUUUGCUAAGGCACGGGAGUUUGGGGUGACCGAGUGUGUGAACCCCAGAGACCACAGCUGCCCAGUGCAGGAGGUGCUGGCCCAGAUGACCGGUGGGGGGGCGGACUACUCCCUGGAGUGUGUUGGAGAUGUGGAGGUUAUGCGGAGUGCUCUGGAGUCGUGUCGCUCAGCGUGGGGUGUGUGUGUCAUCGUGGGCUGGACGGAGCUAGAGGAGAUGAGGCUCCGCCCCUUUCACCUGCUCAUGGGACGCACCCUCAAGGGCACCUACUUUGGAGGCUGGAAGAGUGUGCGUGAUGUCCCUCGGCUGGUGGACCAGCACCUGUCUGGACGUCUGAAGCUGGAGGAGUUCGUCACACACACCCUCACGCUGGACCAGGUCAACCACGCCUUCCAGCUGCUCGCUGGAGGUCAAAGCAUCCGUAGCAUCAUAACCAUGUGAGCUGACCUGUAGUGGACAGACGAUAGACUGUAUAUACAGUAUAGUUCUAUAUGCAGUAUGCAGUCUAUGGGACUGGCCUGUGGAGGACUGGCCUGUGGACUGACCUGUGGUGGACUGGCCUGUGGAGGACUGACCUGUGGACUGACCUGUGGUGGACUGGCCUGUGGAGGACUGACCUGUGGACUGACCUGUGGUGGACUGGCCUGUGGUGGACUGACCUGUGGACUGACCUGUGGACUGGCCUGUGGUGGACUGUGGUGGACUGUGGAGGACUGGCCUGUGGACUGACCUGUGGUGGACUGUGGAGGACUGGCCUGUGGACUGGCCUGUGGACUGACCUGUGGUGGACUGGCCUGUGGACUGACCUGUGGACUGGCCUGUGGUGGACUGUGGAGGAUUGGCCUGUGGUGGACUGGCCUGUGGACUGACCUGUGGACUGACCUGUGGACUGACCUGUGGACUGGCCUGUGGUGGACUGUGGAGGACUGGCCUGUGGAGGACUGACCUGUGGACUGGCCUGUGGUGUGAGCAGCUGGGCUUCAGGGCAGGCUGCACGUGGCCGUAAGGGGGAUGUGUAGGUGUAGCCCUCUCCUGGAGCUAAGGAGUGCUGGACUACAGGAGAGCAUGAUGUGGUCCCCACCCUGGACAUCCACUAUCCUCUAUUUCUUUUAUUUUUCUUCAUGUUGAAUGAUAAAUGAGAAAUAUAACAUUUACUGCUUAAACAAUCUUCCUUUCUGAAACAUUUGCUUGCAACAUGAGAUCUGAUAUUUGUACUGUGAUAUGAACAGUGGUUUGUUCGUAGAUGAGUUUCAGGGUGAAAGGGGACUGAAUUAGU